UUUUGGUCACACUGUUACGCACGAGAUUUUUUUAUUUUUGUUAUUAAUUUGUUAAUAUAUUCGGCUGAAUGGCAGCCAAGAAACCAAAAAUGACAUCCGACGAAGACAAAGACGACGAUGUCGCCACCACAUGCUCCUACUGGGUGCCACGCAAGAAGCGCCGAUGCAAAAUGACUGCCAACAAGGGCAGCCCCUUUUGCGGCGCCCAUGCACCGCCCUCCGUCGCUCCGGAAAAUGUUGACGGAACUGGCGAGGAUUCCUUCCAGGAACGGAUUCCUUGCCCCUUGGAUCCGAAGCAUACGGUUUUCAAGAGGAAGCUGGCCAAACACUUGACCAUUUGCAAUGCCAGGGAUCAGGAAAGCUCGUUGCCUUACAUUGUGAAAGGGAUAAAUUCUGGAGAGGAUCAACUGGAGGCAGUGGAGAAAUACGACCAGAUAAAACUACACGAGCUAUCGGAUGAUGAGUUCUAUGGUUUGAUCGACAAAGUCAAGCAACUAUAUGAUAAACACAUCAAUUCUAGUAUUCAGGAACUGCAACUGUCGCAUGAAUCCCUGAAGGCGGAACUGAGUCGCUCGGAUUACGGCCAGGAAACGUUACGGCAGCUCACUCAAGCUUCCAGCUUGCUGGGCAUCCUGCAAAAGGACGACCAACUCGUAGAUAGCACCAGCUACGUAGAAUUUGGUGCCGGAAAGGGACAACUGGCCUUCUUCUUGGCCACCGUCUUGGAGGACCAGAAACUCACCCGCUCUCAGGUCAUCCUCAUUGAUCGCCUCUCACUUCGCCAUAAAAAGGAUAAUAAGCUUACCAACAAGGAGCAGGUUCAGCGCAUUCGGGCGGACAUUGCCGAUCUGAAGCUCUGCGCUCUCCCGGAAUUAAAGAAAACUCAACGAACGGUGGCGCUAUCGAAGCAUCUCUGCGGUGCAGCCACGGAUCUGACCCUGCGAUGCAUAUUGGGUAAAGAAGGUGGUGCCGCCACUGACUACGUGCUAAUCGCGUUGUGCUGCCACCACCGCUGCUCCUGGAGCUCCUAUGUGGGACGCUCUUUUCUCCAAGCAGCCGGUAUCGAAGCCCGAGAGUUUACUAUUCUAACCAAAAUGGUCAGUUGGGCCGUUUGUGGCACCGGUAUGAGUCGCGAGCGACGCAGAGCCAUGGAAAAGGCAGAGGAACAGCCGGCGGAGCCGAACACCCAGAGGCUGAGUCGCGAGGAGCGGGAGAAGAUCGGUCAGCAGUGUAAGCGGAUAUUAGAUUACGGACGACUAGAGUACCUGCGAUCCCAGGGCUACCAGGCGGAGCUAAAGUUCUACGUGCCCAGAGAUGUGACGCUCGAAAACGUAGUUCUGCUGGCCAGGAGAUCCACAUCGGUUCCCCAAUCGAAGAAUAUAAGUUGACUUUUAUGAUCCCAAUUAUAUAUAAGUACCCUGCAAGGGUAUAACGUUUUUUAAAUAUUUUUGAAAAUUUAUUUCUUACAUUUAAAGAGGUAUCUUUUAAUAAACUUGAGAAAGAGAUUAGAAAAUCUUUA